AUGCAGGAACACUUCAUGCCUUUCCCUAAAACUAGUGAAGAGUGGCGUGCAAAAGCUGUGAAUUUUGCUCAAAGGUGGGACUAUCCACAAUGCAUAGGUGCCAUAGAUGGGAAGCAUGUACUAAUUGAAGCCCCAGCCAACACAGGGUCUCAGUACUGCAACUACAAGCACACAUUUUCAGUGGUGCUACUAGCUUUGAUUGAUGCACAUUACAGUUUCAUCUACAUUGAUAUAGGAGCAUAUGGAAAACAAUCUGAUGGUGGUAUUUAUUCUGCUUCAACGUUGGAAAGAGCAUUGUCACCUCCAAAUUCACUGCAGUUACCCAAGGAUGAUGUUAUUAAUGGGGAUGAGGAAUUAGGUCCAAUGCCCUAUGUGGUAGUAGCAGACGAGGCUUUUCCGUUGCAACGACAUAUGAUGAGGCCCUAUCCAGGAAAAAACACAAGUGAGGAACAAGACGUCUACAACUACCGCCAUAGUCGUGCAAGAAGAAUUGUAGAGAAUGCCUUUGGGAUUUUAUCACAAAGAUGGCGAAUGUACCACACUAAAAUUGCAGUUAUGCCAGAUAGUGUCAAUUGUUAA